AUGCAACUAAAGAACAUAUUAAAUAAACAGCAACAGAUACAGCAGCAUGAAAAGCCUGAUGCGGAGAACAUCAGCGUCCAGAGAGACUUGCACGCAAUUAGGCACACAUUAAUUGCCCGCGCCUGGCUUUGUCCAUUACUGCUACUCUAUAAGAAGAAGGCCAUUAGGCAUUUCUAUCUAAACCUUUGCUCUUUCAGCUUCUCUCACUGUCUCUACAACUUUCCAAUGGCCAGAGCAAGGUUAAUGAUCAUGGUAGUUUUCUUGCUUCUGCUGCUUGAGAUGGAAAUGUUUACAGGAUCAUUGACGACAGGAGUGGAGGCAAUAGAUUGCCCAUCAAACUGUGCGAGGCGAUGCAGCAAAGCAAGACAUAAUGUGUGCAAUAGAGCCUGCCUUGCGUGUGCCACCAUUGUAAUUGUGUGCCACCUGGAACUUCUGGCAAUAAGGAAGUAUGCCCCUGCUAUGCUAACUUGAAGAACCGUAAGGGCCGCCCUAAGUGCCCUUGAUUAGUUGCUUCAACUAUAUGAGCCAC